AUGCGCGUCGCCACGCUGGUCAUUCCGGUUCUCCUGGCUGCCAGCUUCUACGCCGGCUUCGUGUCGCCGCUCGAACCACCAGCCAGCGGGCCAGCUGACGGCCGGCAGGACUUCGCGUUCUACCAGCGGCGGCCCUGGUUCGAUGAACCUGGUGCAGCAGGCUCAUUGCUCCAGAGCCGUAAAGGUGAGUUCCCACUCGAGGGCAUGGUCGGUUUGGUCACUGGAAGCAGCAGUGGCAUCGGUCGAGCCGUAGCUCAAUACCUGCACUCCAAGGGGUGUACCGUGCUCGUAGUGUCUCGGUCCGAGAAGCGUAGCAAGCAGGCAUGCGCGUACAUCGAGGAGCGAACGCAGGGCAGUCCGGGCCGGUGCGACCCCUACGCGCUGGAUCUAUCGUCGUUGCAAGCCGUCAGAGACUUCACAUCGAAAAUGCUUCACAAAUACGAUAGGUUGGAUUUCUUGAAUGCUAAUGCGGGCAUGACCUUCUUGGUCAGUCAUGAUGGCGCGUGGUUGAGCACUGACGGCUAUGAGAUGCUCUAUGCGAGUAACUACCUGGGCCAUUUUCUUCUGGCACAGCUGCUGCUGCCAUUGCUGAAGAAAAGCAACGGUCGGAUUGCAGCCACCAGUAGCAUUGCCCACUGGUACCACGACACUGAUCUGGAGACCUUGCUGCCAAGCGCUAUGCAAAACCGCAGUGAUAAAGACUUGGGGUCUUUUGCAAAGAUGCGCCAAUACGGCAACACGAAACUACUGCAGGUCUUCAUGUGUUUCGAGAUGCAAAGGCGCGAGCCACAGCCUUACUCGGAACGCGAUGGUGUCGACGGUUGGUUUCCGGUCUUCGCGCAGCCGAGCGAAGAGGGCGCCAAGACGGAACUUCAGGCCUUGCUAGCAGACGAAGGGCUCGAGACCGGCGUCUUCUUACAGCCCUACUACGCGCCGCCCUACCGAAGCCCGCCUGCAAGCGGCAUGUUCAUGAUGGUGUAUGAGUUCUUGGGGCAGUUGCUCACAUGGGGAUGUCAUCGGUGGAUCGCCCAUCCCGAUGCCUACGACAAGGCCUUCGCCAAGAAAGUGUGGGAUGAGAGCAUGGCAGCAGUGGGACUGAGCAAGUAG